AUGAAUCUCUGCAGGACAGCGCACUGGGUUGUUGAGCAUCUUAGCCCGGAUCGUUUGGUUUACCAUCCUUCGGUUGAUCGUUCAAAGUGUGAUUUCCGCGAAGAUUCCUCCAUCCAUCCGUUCUUUAAGUCCACAAAUGCCGAUUACAGGGUCCAUCUUUUUUGCUUAACAGUGGAUUUUUACUUUUCGCAUGCCUCCGCAGAGCCGUUCAGAAGGGAGUCGAAUUUUUGCUUUUUUCUUGAGUCUUCAGCGGCUUCUCUGCUGCAUAUUAUUGAUCCAUGA